CACUUUGGUAGUCCCUGUCGGGACGUCUUGCGGUUCUCUGUCAGCCACUGUGCAGACUGCGCGGCUCGGCGCACAUCGUCGCUGCGGUUCUGUCUCCUCCGGCUCAGCUUGCCAAAGUAGUGACUGUGUCUUGGCUGUGAAGGAAAGAGUGAGAAGGUGCAGACCCCACUUACUCAUUCCAAACAAAGGGAGUGUUUGCCCAGGAAGUGUUCUUCACUGUCUGUCAGAACAGGAAUCUUUCACCUUGGAAAAUGAAGAUGUUGUUGCCAUGGGAACUCUUAAUCCUUCUGUCACUCAAAGAGUGCCUUGCCGAGAACGCCCGCCACGGUCCUGUCUUCACCCAGGAGCCCAGUGACAGUAUUUUCCCUAUGAGCUCCGGCGACAAGCUAGUGUUCAUUAACUGCAAAGCGAAGGGUAACCCACAUCCACACUAUAGGUGGAAAGUGGACGGGAGAGACAUAGACUCCGGCUCGGAUCAGAGCUACAGCCUUGUUGAAGGGAACCUGCUGAUCAAUAAUCCUCAUUUUAUCAAUCACGGAGGUGUCUAUCAGUGCAUCGCCACCAACGCGUUUGGAACCAUCGUCAGCAGGGAGGCAAAAGUCCAGUUUGCAUUUCUGCAGAACUUCAGCCAGAAGCCGAGGAACACGGUGACGGUGAGAGAGGGUCAAGCUGUGGUUCUCCUCUGUGGCCCGCCGCCGCAUUACGGAGAGAUCAAAUAUUCCUGGGUUUUCAAUGGCAACCGCAGCUUCCUCCAGCAGGAUGCCCGCCGUUUCAUCUCCCAGCGGACGGGAAACUUGUACGUUGCCAAAGUGGAAGCCUCGGACGCCGGGAACUACACGUGUGUAGUGAGAAACAUGAUGACCAACGCAACGGUGUUCAGCUCUCUGACCCCAGUGGUGGUGCGGGGUGACGUGGUGAUGGGUGAAUACGAGCCCAAGAUUGAGGUUCAGUUUCCUGACACCCUUUACAUUUCCAAAGGAUCGUCAGUGAAGCUGGAAUGUUUCGCCCUAGGAAACCCAGUGCCGUCCAUCUCCUGGAGGAGAGCUGAUGGAAACCCACUCCCUGGGAAGAUUAAGAUCAACCACUCCACCGGAGAUCUGGAAAUUCCAUAUUUUCGCCCAGAGGAUGCCGGUGUGUACGAGUGUGUUGCUGAAAACAGCAGAGGGAAGAAUGUUGCCAGAGGGCAGCUGAUAUUCCAGAAUGUUGAACAUCUUCAGUGGACCCAGAUCCUGAAAGAUGCACAUAUGGCCAUUGAUGCCAACCUGCAGUGGGAAUGUAAAGCCAUUGGUAAACCUAAACCUAAAUAUCGCUGGUUAAAGAAUGGUCAACCGCUAACAACAAAGGAGAGAGUUCAUGUUGAAGCUGGCAGACUGACCAUAUCCACGAUCCGUUUGUCAGACUCAGGGAUGUAUCAGUGUGUGGCAGAGAAUGAAUAUGGAUCACUGUAUGCCAGCGCUGAGCUCAAGGUUGUAGCUUCGCCACCUGACUUUACCCAGCGGCCCGUGAAAAAAACCACGGUGAUCCAUAGAGGGGGAGAGGUGGUGUUAGAGUGCCGGCCCAACGCGUCCCCCAGGGCCACCAUCUCCUGGUGGAGAGGGGCCGAGCUCCUGAGGACCGGCAAGAGACAGAUGAUCCUGGAGGACGGCACGCUGCGCAUCGCCAACGUCUCCAAGGCAGACGAGGGCAGCUACACAUGUGUGGCCAGAAACCAUUUUGGAGCAUCCAGCAGCACAGGGGUUCUAGUAGUCAAAGAGCCCACCAGGAUCAUGGUCCCGCCUCUAAGCUCAGAUGCCAGCGUGGGACAGAGCCUGGUCCUUCCCUGCCAGGUGUCCAGCGACUCGUCCCUCAGUCCCGUCUUCAAGUGGUUCUUCAAUGGCAAGGCCAUCGACUUCAGCCGGCAGGAGCACUUUGAGAUGAUUGGUGGGGGAUUUGCAGGGGACCUGAUGGUGAGGAACAUCCAGCUAAGGCACUCUGGAAAGUAUGUGUGUAUGGUACACACUGACGUGGACACGGUGUCGGCAGCGGCCGAUCUAAUUGUUAGAGGACCCCCUGGUGGCCCUCAGGGUCUUCUAGUGACCGCCAUUACUGACACUACAGUGCAGCUGUCCUGGAGCUCUGGACCAGACAACCACAGUCCCAUCACCAUGUACAUGGUUCAAGCUCGGACCCCAUUCUCUAUUGGCUGGCAGACAGUGAAGACAGUUCCUGAUUCUGUGCCUGGACAGAUGAUGCGCACAACUGUGAAAGACUUGAGCCCUUGGGUGGAAUAUGAAUUCAGGGUGGUGGCAAUCAACAGUGUUGGUGUUGGAGAACCCAGCAUGCCAUCAAAACAGAUCCGAACCAAAGCAGCAGCUCCCAAGGUUGCGCCGGUUAAUGUGAGUGGCGGCGGGGGAGCUCGAGGAGAGCUUGUCAUUACGUGGGAGCCGGUUCCAGAGGAACAGCAGAGUGGAGAGGAAUUUGGCUAUCUCGUGGCUUUCCGCCCUCUCGGCAGCAGUACCUGGAUCAAAACGGUGCUGGCUUCCGCCGACGUGUCCAGAUACGUGUACAGGAAUGACAGCGUCGCUCCACUGUCCCAUUUCGAAGCCACUGUGGGUGUGUACAACAGUGUGGGCGAGGGGCCGUUCAGUCGGAUCGUCAAAGUGCUCUCUGCAGAGGAAGAGCCUUCCACCGCUCCAUCAAGAGUAUGGGCUCAUUCCAUAUCUGCCUCUGAGAUUGAGGUGUCCUGGGAACCAGUUUCUCCCAGGUCCAGCACUGAGAACAUCACAGGGUACGAGGUUCUCUUUUGGGAGGGAAGCUCUGAGCAGCGUGAAACAGACAGAAUGCGGGUCACCGACAGCUCGGCGCUGCUGUCCGGUUUAAAGAGCAGUACGGUCUACCUGAUCUCAGUGAGAGCCCAGAACAGUGCCGGACUUGGUCCCUCUAGCCCCUCCAUCAGCGUCGCAACCAAAAAACCACCACCACGCCAGCCUCCGGGGGCCAUUGAGUGGAACCUGACCAACUCAAAGAUCUUUCUGAAGUGGGAGCACGUCAAGGCGUCGCAGAAUGAAUCUGAGGUGACGGGAUACAAGGUUGUGUAUCGCCAGAGCUGGCAUGGCAGGACUACAGUACUGCAAACCAACAAGACCAGCAUUGAGCUUCGGGUCCCUUAUGGGGAGGACCAUGUCAUUGAGAUCACAGCGCUGACUGAGGGGGGCCAUGGCACCAGCAGCAGUCCCAUUCACAUACCAAAGAUGUCCAGUCUGAACUCAAGAGGAUCUGUGGCUAGAAUUCCAGUGAAGAUGUGCUGUUUUAUCCCCUUUGGACUUCAUUUAUUAAUCCAUCUACUGAUGCUACUAUGCUGAAAAUAAACGCAGUGUAUAUUUUUUCCUCCUAAAUGUGACAUUUGUCAAACAAAUGGUGGCAACUGUAAAAUUUUUCAGCCUCUGGUUUCCAAGGAACAGGAGCGGAGUGAUGGAACCUUGGUGAAAGGUUGUCAAAUGUCCACAAAGUGCUGCUCUCAGGCAACGGCACAAAACAUCUCCUGCUGGGCUGCAACACUGCACAAUGCAUAAAUUUGUCAAAGCUGAAAAGUGGACCUUCUCUCCUUUCACUGACAAAUGAAUUUGAGCACAGCUUCAUGUCCCUUUUUUAUUUAUGUGUGUGCUUAUUUUGCAUUAAUGUUAAAGUCCAGUUUCAGCUUGUUUUGACGUGAAAACUCUUACCUUGGUGCACAAAUUUCUCUCUCAACCAGCAGGUUUGAAAGAAAAGCAUCCUCUUCGCUUUGUUUCCUGAGGACAAGCAGUUGAGCCUUGACAUUUUACUUCAAUAUGAAAGAAAAACCUUUGAAGGAAUUGUAAAUAUCUGUUACCAUCAUCUGUAGUCACCCCGAGCUAAUGAAAAUACACUUUUAUGAUACAGGUUAGAAAUCUCCCAAGAUAAGAAGAAGACAUCUGUUUUUUUUACCUGUAUCUGUUGAAGGCAAUAGUAGUUCAACAAUAAGCAUCAUUAGCUUAGCAGCUUGAAACAGAAGUUCUCGAAAUGUUCAACUUCCAACCCAAAAGAUAAUAACUGCACAGAGCUGAGAAUCCAUCUACUGGAGGUUGAAUACAAAACAAGUUAUUGCUCUUGGUCAGCUUAUUAUUUUUGUCACAUUGUGCUGUAAGUUUUCCAUGACCCAGAGUUGCUGUUGACACCAAACUUAAACUAUGCUGGGAAGUGACUUGCAGCAUUUCAGUUGAACUUAUCGGCUGUAGCUAAAUAUCUAGAUUCUUGAGCAAACCCCAAUUGCAGUGGAUGAAGACCCCUCUAUGCUCUCUCUGGAGUACAUGAUGAACAAAAAGUCUGCAUGUUCCACUGAUCACUGUGAGCUGAUGACAUAGAAGAUCUUUUUAUCAAACUGUUGUAAAACAUAAAUACAGAAUGAUUACUUUUCCAUCUCCUCUAAAAAUCAAUGACAGAACAUCUUUUUGACAUCAUGACAUGUAAAUGUAUCUUUUAAAUUAUAGCCUCAAUACUCAAAACUUUCUUUGGCCAAUGUGUUGCAAAAUAUUGGAGUGUGAACGCUUCUCUACAUCUAGAAACUUUUCCUUAGGAAACCCAGCACACAGUGCUCUCCUUUUCCCAGGUGCCUGAUCAAGCCUCCAUUAGUGCAGAAACUGAAAUAUAUGAAUCCAGCUGCUGAAUGAGAACAGCAGUGAGUGGCUCAAGUGAAAAGCUAAAACUUACCACAACGUACUUCAGAGUUAAAUUCUCUCCAGCCGUCAUGCAGUUGAGGGUUUACCCAGGGCUUUAUGUGACUUAGCCUGAGACCGUUCACAUUCUAUUAUUUUGCUAAAUCGGGGAGUUUUUACCUUCCGUCUUCUGAAUCUGAGAAAUAAUAUGCAACACUUUUUAUUUUCCACAUGCGAUACUUGGGACAAAAUCAAUGAAUGCAUCUCACCCAGUACUUUGUUUCAGCUCAGCCAUUGGCAUUGUUACUAUUGGCACUUUAUUGGAGCGAUCGGUUCCUGCUAACGCAGCGUUGUGGCAGAAUAGGAGCAGAUCCAUCAUUAAAGUAAUUAAUAACAGGUUUGCUGCUCCCUCUGAAAUUAGGUAAAGUCUCCACUGUGAGCAGAGCUGCUCAGUAACCACAUGCUCAAACUUAUAAACAUAAUUAUAUUAGAACAACUAAUGGCUAAUGUUGGCCCAAGCAGUGGUGUUUAGUUAAAGACGAGCCAGUUAGGAGUUAACACAUUUCUUCUGUUUAAUUAAUUCCUCUAAUGCCUGUGUGAGUGACUUAAGCCACAAAACAUGUUUUUUUACUGAAGUUAAUUCACUUGCUGUAGAUUAUUGUCCAUCUAUGUUGAAGUCUGUUGCCAGCUGAAGUAGAUAUCUUCAUCCUGCCAAUGGUACUGCUGAACUCCUCAAAACAGACAGUCAAAGGCCAAGAUGCUUCAUUUCUUCUCUUGAUGUUAUGCAAGAAAACACAGAGUGACCUUGUGAUGCUUUAACACAUGUGCAGACACUCCGAGUUGCAUUUUUAGCCGAGUUUCUGUCAGAAAUCCAUUAAAUCUCUCUGCCUUAGCAAAUUCAUAUGCUGUUUAUGUCAAAUGUUGAAAAAGAUUUACUUUAGAUGUUGCUGCGUCCUGCGUCAAGACCAUUGUGCUUACAAUGCAAAGAGAUUGAUUUAUAAUGAUAGGACAAAAUGAGGAAUGUUAUUGUAUUAUUUCAAUUGUUUUUGUUAUUUUGUGUGGAGAAAGGAUGGGUUGAAGGGACAAAACUUGAAAACUUUAAGAAGUACCACAGAAUAUUAUGAAAUUUGAAGUUUCCUUAAGCACAUUUCACAUUAAGAGUCGAAGAUGUUUGAAAAAUUAGUGUUGGUGCGUGAAGUGGUCUCCGUUCUGUAGCCGCAACAUAAAACAGAUCUGUUUUGCAAAAGUAUUCAUAUCCUUCAGUUUGUCCAACAUUUGUCAUGUGUGAAAGGGCAGCACAAAGUAGUGCAAGUGAUACAAUAUGAAUAUGAAUCUUUUAUACAGUUAUGAAUAAGUGUUCUUUUUAAUUACAGAUGCGGAUCUGAAAAGUGUGGUGUGCACUUAUAUACAGACCCCUGGAUCCAUUAUUAAUAGAACCACCUUCCAUGCGUAUAUAGAUGCUAGUCUUCCAGUCUCUGGCAGCUCACUUUCCCUUUUCCCUGUUCUUUCUUGUAGAAGCUGAAGCUGCAGAUGGGAAGCAGAACAUCUGUAAACAUCACUUUUUAGCAUUGCUAGCUCUUGGUUUAGCUUUAUGUCUCCACCAGUAGAGUAGAAAAUGUGUCUCCGGGGCCAUUUGUGAGCCUUUGAUUUUAUGUGACCUUCAACCACCAUUCAACUGUAGCACAGCUCUGGUUUGCUAACUCAAGUACUUGAUGCAAGGAUGCAUUUACAAAAAUAUUUUAACUGAUAUAUAGCCUUUUAAAAUUCCUAAAAUUGAUAAUUUAAGGUGCAACACAUAGAAUUAAUCUUCUGUCAACCUUAUUUUUAUGUUUUCUUUGAUUAAAUUUGAUGUUAGAAAUGACCACAGUGACAUUUACUGGGAUGCAGACAUGGAGGCACAUACUUAUUGAGCUCAGUUAAAUGAAACAAUAAUGAGCUUUAGCUGUUUUUUGUUGCUGAAAAUACAAACAAAAUAAAACCUGAAUAAAACCUGGCCAAAAUGAAUCAACCUCAAGAAAUCAUUAUUGAUUGAUUGAAUGAGGUCCAAUAUUAGGUCUCACAAAACAGCUCUCAACUGUUAACAGACCUUUUAUAUAUGAGCAGCAGAGGGCUGAAUACACAGGUAAUCCGCACUUUUUAAAUAAAUAAAAAAAAUAUUCUGAGCACAAUUUGCUGCUUACAUAAAAUUACAAAUAUAAAAAUUGUGGUCAUAAAGCAUCAAAACAUAAAGAAGUAGUUUGAUGUAAAUAUGUCUACAAAUUCCUGAUUAACUGUUCAGGUAUGAAGGUAAAUUAUGCUUUUAUCUCUCAGUUUGCAAAAGUACAAGUUUUCAAUUUAGCAACAUUCCGACUAAAAAAGCUGUUUUGUUUUUUAGCGUUCUGCAUCAAGCAGCAGUUUUCAAACUGUUGGAUAUCUUUGAUUGUGGUACAUCAGGCUUAUGACACAUUUACAUCCAGACAGAGUUUCCAUCCUGAAUAUGAAUCUCCUGUACCUGCAUAUGGGACAAGCAGGAGGAUGCAAACAUUUCUUCCUCUCUGCUGUUACACUCCAGUAAAUAUUAGUAGAUGCUGUUAAGGUGCAAUGUCCAAAAACAGAAAAUCUGAAGCUUUUUAGUACAGCAGAAAAAAAAAAAAUACUCAAUUAUAUUCAAUUCCUUCAUAGACCUUUUUAAAAUAGAUCAAAUAUACACGUUAGUUACAGAAACAUUGCUACUGCUGAACUUCAGUUUAAAAUUUCUAUUCAUAUGUUGAAAAGAACAGAAAAAGGCUGAUAAUACCAAUGAAAUCUCAUUAAAAUGUCAUUAAUAUUUUGACCUUUUUAUUUAAACUUGUGUCUCUGUCAGUAUUAACAUAUUUAAUUUAUUUAUUAGGACUAAGUUGUCUAAAAAUAUAAUUGACAAUUUUAAUUUAACAGAAAUUUAGGUAGAGUUAGGGUAAAAUGCUCUCCAUGUUUGUGCACAUUUAAAAAAAAAUACAUUGUUUUUUUUUACAAGGUUAAAUAGGGCUUACUUUAUAUUUGAAAUAAUACAUAUUCGCUACUUUAAAAUAGUAUUUUAAAAUAUUGAGUUAAGAUCUUCCUUUUAGUUUUGUUAUUGUAUUAUUUGUGCAUUUACUUCUUUUAAAACAAGUAUAAAUUAUUGUACUAGUGUUUUUAUUUUUAAGUGUAUCAAUAACUUAUCGUUAAGCUCUGUUGCUGAUUAUUUAAGUGAUGUAAUACUAUUGUAUUCAACAGACAUCUCUGUGAGAUACUGAGGAACGAUUCAAUAAAGUUUCACAUUGAAACCUUU